AUGACAACAUCUGGACACUGCAGCAGGAGCGCUGGCCCCAACCCUCCUCAGGAGAGAGCUCCACCCCUCACCACAGGCAAGGGUGGGCCAUUUCGGUACAUCCCUGAGUGGGCCAGAAACUGCUCUGGGCUCCUGGGGGCCUCCAGUCGCAGACUAUCAGGGACGCCAUCCACCAUCGCAGCUCAGCAGCCCACAGGAUGUCCGGAGCGUGCAUCUGUUUUUUCCGUGCACAGUGACAGUAUUGAUCUCCUGUCGUCGCUGCUGUUGUAUGAUGAGGGUUGUUUUGGAAAAGGCUGGAUUCAGCACACGCGUGAACUUGGGGCCCCUCCAGCAGCAGUCAGAGCUGUCCGGGAUGCCCCUGACCGGCGCUGGGCAGCACUGGCGGCGGCGGCGGGCGGCCGGUGGGGAUGCGGCUCGGAAGAGGGGGCUGGAGGCCCGGGCGCCGCCCUGUCUGCGCGGGGCCCCAGCUGGAGGGAGAAACUGACGGCCCCGGAGGCCCAAUUCCGCCGCGAGUCGCCUCGGAGGGAGUCCGCGCUAGCACCGGCCCCGUCCUUCAAUGAGAGCGGGGCAGGCAAGCCUCGCGAGGAGAAGAGGACGGCGCUGAGCAAGGUGGUUCUCCGGCGUCUGCCCCCCGGCCUCACCAAAGAGCAGCUGGAGGAGCAACUGCGCCCCCUGCCUGCGCACGACUACUUCGAGGUGGUAGCUGCAGACCUCAGUCUCUAUCCUCAUCUCUACUCACGAGCAUACAUUAACUUCCGGAACCCUGAUGACAUCCUUCUGUUCAGAGAUCGCUUUGAUGGAUAUAUCUUCAUUGGCAAUAAAGGCCUGGAGUACCCUGCGGUGGUGGAGUUUGCUCCGUUCCAGAAGAUUGCCAAGAAGAAGCUGAAGAAAAAGGACACCAAGACUGGAAGCAUUGAAGAGACCCCAGAAUAUAAACAGUUUCUGGAAACAUACAGCUUGGAGGAAGAAAAAGCCGGUGCCAGUCCUGAGACGCUUCUGGGAGAGAUAGAAGUGAAGACGAGAGAGCUCCUGGCCAGAAGAACCACACCUCUUUUAGAAUAUAUUAAAACUAGAAAACUAGAAAAGCAGAGAAUUCGAGAAGAAAAACGCGAAGAGCGAAGGAGGAGGGAGCUGGAAAAGAAGCGUUUCCGGGAAGAAGAGAAAAGGAAAAGGAGGGAAGAAGAGAGGUGGAGAAGGAAGGAGGCGGAUAAGCAGAAGAGAACUGAGAAGGAGGUGAAGAUUAAGCUUCUCAAAAAACUGGAAACAGGGGAAGAAGCAGCCACAGAGAAGCACAAAGAAAGAAGUGACUCAGUUGGUCCUGGAGACGAAAAGCAGGAAGCCCGGCCAGUGGAAAGCCUGCCAGAGAUGCCUGGGGAGAGGUUUUGACAGCUGUCUAACAUCAACAGAAUGAAGAAGAGAGACUCUCCGUAUGAUUAUGUGGCCACCCAGGCAUUUGAAGGAAGAAGUCCAAUUUUCCCUGUCUCGGCUUCAAAGAAUAACCAAAACCUUUUUUUAUAGAAAAUUCUCUGUGUAUUUUCCUUAAAUAUCAGAGAAAGACAGACAAUAGAUUGUGACCAGCCAGCAUUCCCACCUGCUCCUUAAAAAAAGGAAUGACUCAAAACUCAGGAUUUUAAAAGCUGUGCACCUUUGUGUGCUCACAAAGGUAUUCUUUGUUUUUAUUUUGUUGUUGUUGUUUUUCGAGACAGGGUUUCUCUGUGUAACAGCCCUGGCUGUCCUGGAACUAGUUCUUAUAGACCAGGCUGGUCUCAAACUCACAGAGAUCCACCCGCCUCUGCCUCCCUGUGCUGGGAUUAAAGGCGUCGCCACCACCUCCCGGCUCCCUGAAGCAUCCUUGACCAUGUAAUGAGUCGGUGGUGUCCUCAGGUUGUGGAGCUCUGCCGCCCCUAAAAGCGGCUCUUUAAAUACAUCACUGCUGCCCUUAA